AUGCGUAUACCUCCGACGACCCUGGCCGAAGAGGGCAACCUGGGAGACUCGGCCUUCGAGGUCAUAUCUGCUACCGAUGAUGAGGUUUUGUCUCAAGACGAGAAUGACCAUGACCUCAUCAGCGAAUCAGUCAGCUCCCUAGAUGCCCGAAGGACAGACGAUGUCCAUAGCUUGGCUGGGACGGAACAAAUGACUGACGACGACGAAGACUUCUCGCAAGUCAACGAGAAUACAGGAUCUAUAUAUCUGCAAAUGGAGGAGGGCGAAGCUGCCGAGGAGCCUGCCGCUCCAGACUUCCCACACACAGACUCUGACUCCGAUCCGGAUGUUGAAAGCCACCAUUCCACUUCCUCUCUUGAAUACACCCAGCAAAGCCUCCGAGCGCCAUCCUUCGGCAGUCAGAGUCAAGAUGGGUCGGAGGUCCUCAUCUAUACUGCUGCGGGCCGACCCCACAGCCUGGACGUUGUCAAUCCUCAGAAUGAAGAGGAACACGAGCCUGAUACUAUCAAGGGAGUGGCCCACCGCUGGAAGCACUUCCUGCCAGGUACCUUCAGUGAUGAGGAGGUCGAACGGAUGCUGUCAGCAGUACCGCUGUACCUGUUCCUUGCAAUUGGGGCACUCCUUAUCAACUAUUGGGUUGGUGGGAUGCAGGCCGGAACUGGAGUGACCAACCAUGAUGUGGUUGUUCCAGAGAUCGCCACGUCUGUGAUCAAUACCACCCCAACUACCUCAAUAAUCCCGUCGUCUUCGCUGUCUACAACAGGUUUACGGCCUGUCACCACUGAACUGGGUAUCGACCUCAUUUCUAUGGAUCAGUCGCCUUCCGACGGUUGGAUUUUCUCAUCAAAGAAGCCUGAAAUUGUGUUCAGAAUGGCAUCCCAGAACAGCGUUCUGGCCAAGUUCCCAGAGGAUAUCGGAAACAUGUGGAAUCUGGAAAGCUGUAUUACACUUACGGCAACAAGGGACGGUCACCCGGUAGACAUGACCACCACCAUUGUCAAGGAGGGUGUCAUUAGCAGAUUUCCCCGUUGCGAAGCCUAUGGCGUCGUCGAACUUGCCCUGCGAUCCACCUGCAAGCCCAUCGUGAACAAAGUGGUUAGAGUCCAUUUUGGACCAAGCAUGUUGGAAGAAGUGUAUGAGAAGACGAAGAGCAUUGCUCAAGAUCUUGGCGAACUUGUCCCCGCCGCUGCUCAGGAGGCAGAGCGACGGAUCAGUGACGCAAGACGAUCUUGGGCAUCCCUCUCAGACACCGUGUUUGCUUCUGCCGUCUCGGUUAGCGAGCACAUGACCGAAGGCCUGCGCUCCGUCCUCAACACCCUGGUUUCCAGCUGGAACGAGCUGGACUGUGCGCAACUGAUCGAACAGUAUCUCCCCCAACGAUUCCGACGGGCAAUGGAGGGCGCAUCUGAACAACUCAACGAACUUGGCGACGCGUCAAAGAACCUAGGAUUGGAUCUCAAGCUGAAUCUGCUAAAUGCCCAACUCUCUUCCAAGAUUUGGUGGCUGCGAGUAACUGGUCACAAAGACGAGGGGGCGGCUUACCAACAAAAGGCGCAUCGAUUCAUGACAGAGAAACGAGCAGCGGUUGCGGAAUUCAAGGAAAAGCACCGCAUACUUAAUAACGAAGCUCGAACCUGGGCGGACCGAUUCAGACAGAGCCUAUCCCGAUCCAAGAAACACUGCCAGAGCGGGAAGCAGAGGCCAGGCCGGAGGGGAACUCGUCGCUGCAAGGCGGGAUCAUCAUAA